AUGGCGAAAGCAGAAUUUAUGUCACCUAAAGAUAUUGCUAACCGUAUGAAGGCAAAAGGUCUUCAAAAGUUAAAAUUUUAUUGUCAAGCUUGUCAACGUCAAAUGCGGGAUGAAAAUGGCUUUAAAUGUCAUAUUAUGUCUGAAUCACAUCAACGUCAAAUGCUAUUAGUGGCAGAUAAUCCAGGAAAAUACGUUUACAAUUAUUCUCAAGAAUUUAAAAAAGAAUUCUUAAACUUAUUAUCUCGUCGACAUGGUACAAAGCGAGUGUUAGCGAAUAGAGUAUAUCAAGAAUACAUUGCAGAUAAGAAUCAUAUUCACAUGAAUGCUACAAGAUGGACCACAUUAACUGGAUUCUGUCAUCAAAUGGGCAAGGAAGGUAUUCUUCGUGUAGAUGAAACAGAACGAGGUCUGCAUAUUGCUUGGGUGGAUAAUAGCCCUAAAGCACUUGCUAAACAGGCUGCUAUUCAAAAGAUGGAGAGAGCUAGAAAAGACGACGAAGAAAGAGAUUUACAAUUGUUAAAAGAGCAGAUUGAGAAGGCAUCUAAAGUAGCAGAAGAAAAGGGCAUGAAUACAACUGAGCCAGCACCAACUGAGUUAAAACGAGAAGGAGAGCAACCUAUUAAACUCAACUUAUCAUUAAAGCCAACUGCAGUAACUACAGAAGCGCCUAUUUCUACAGGUUCUAAAAUGAUGUUAGGUGGCAUGAAGAAAAGAACUGGAUUAUCAGCUCUAGCCAAGAGAUCUUCUACUUCUUCUUCAAAUAAUAAUAACAAUCACACGAGUAUGAAAGUAGGUGGUAUGAUGACAAUGACAAAACGUAAAGCAUCACCUAGUAAAGAUGAAGAGACAGAUAAUAAAAAAAUGAAAUCAUAA